AGUAAGAUCAUCCGUGUUCUCAACCUGUGGCAGAAGAACGCUGUGUUUGAGAUGGACAUCGUCCAGCCCCUGUUGGACAUGGCUACUGGCUCCUUAGUCCCUGAUCCCUCCCCCCAGGAGGACCUCCAGGCCCAGGCCCAGGUCUCCAGUGCCUCCAUAGCUGCAGCCCUGCCCCAGCUCCCCCCACAGCUCCAGAACCCCGAGGCCCUGGCUGCCGUGGCCCAGCUCUUCCAGUCCGGACAGGGACACGAGGUGAGUGAGAGCCAUAGAAUGAAAUGAUGCAUCACAAUACCAGGUCGGCCGUGGUGAGCGUACCCAUGGAGAUCCUGUAUUCUAAUUCUAUGAGAGUUACCCAUGGGGUUACCUGUCAGAUUGCCAUGGUUAGAGGUUCUAUUCCAGUUCUACUCGUUCUAAGUCUGUUGUUAUAGCGACACUACUAGCUCAUACACCCCACAACAACACGACUGGGACAGAACAUUCAAAUACAAUGUGUCUUGUCUCCUCUUCACCAUUUUGCUCUUUCUUGACCAAUCAUUUGGCUGUUUUGCUGUGAACUAGGUAUUUCUUCUGAAUAAGGUUCUAUACCAGGCCAAUAAAGGAUAAAUACAUUAUAUUAUCUUGCUUGUCACCUAGGUAGUAAGUGAUUUGAUGGAUUGAGUGUAUUCCCUCCUGUCUGUACAGCUUCAGAAGAUGCUUCAGAGGUUCCAGCCAGCGCAGCAGACCCCCCCUGUGGUUCCCAACGCCAUGGCUGACCAGACCCCCCCUGUGGUUCCCAACGCCAUGGCUGACCAGACCCCCCCUGUGGUUCCCAACGCCAUGGCUGACCAGACCCCCCCUGUGGUUCCCAACGCCAUGGCUGACCAGACCCCUCCUGUUGUUCCCAACACCAUGGCUGACCAUCCCCACCCACAGAUGGUCCAAGGCCAGCAUAACUCACACCAUCCACUGUUCAACACACACCAGACACAUCCUACGGAGCAGAAGAACUCGCUAGCUAAGGUAAUGCAUUUUUUGUACUCAAAGCACAUUUCUGACCAACAGACAAUUAAGAGGCCUAAUCUAACAGGACAUUUCUAUUUAUUUAUUAGGAUCCCCAUUAGCCGACGCCAAUGGCGACAGCUAGUCUUACUGGGGUCCGAUACAUAACGAAAAAGACAUUACAGACAAAAUCAAUCAAAUGUAUUUAUAAAGCCCUUUUUACAUUAGCAGAUGUCACAAAGUGCUAUACAGAAACCCAGCCUAAAACUCCAAAUAGCAAGCAAUGCAGAUGUAGAAGCUCAGUGGCUAGGAAAAACUCCCUAGAAAGGCAGGAACCUAGGAAGAAACCUAGAGAGGAACCAGGCUCUGAGGGGUGGCCAGUCCCCUUCUGGUUGUGCCGGGUGGGGAUUAUAACAGUACAUGGCCAUUAAGGCCAGAUUGUUCUUCAAGAUGUUCAAACGUUCAUAGAUGACCAGCAGGGUCAAAUAAUAAUCACAGUGGUUGUUGAGGGUGCAACAGGUCAGUACCUCACGAUUAAAUGUCAGUUGGCUUUUCAUAGCCGAGCAUUCAGAGGUCGAGACAGCAGGUCCGGGACAAGGUAGCACGUCCGGUGAACAGGUCAGGGUUCCAUAUCCGCAGGCAGAACAGUUGAAACUGGAGCAGCAGCACGACCAGGUGGACUGAGGACAGCCAGGAGUCAUCAGGCCAGUUAGUCCUGAGGCAUGGUCCUAGGGCUCAGGUCCUCCGGGAGGGGAGGGAGGGAGAGAGAAUUAGAGGGAGCAUACUUAAAUUCACACAGGACACCAGCUAAAACAGGAGAAUUACACCCGAUAUAACAGACUGACCCUUGCCCCCCGGCACACAGACUAUUGCAGCAUAGAUACUGGAGGCUGAGACGGGGGGGGUCGGGGGCACUGUGAUACCGCCGGGACAGGGCCAACCAGGCAGGAUAUAACCCCACUCAUUUUGCUAAAGCACAGCCCCCACACCACCAGAGGGAUAUCAACAGACCACCAACCUACUACCCUGAGACAAGGCUGAGUAUAGCCCACAAAGAUCUCCUCCACGACACGAGCCCGAGGGGGCGCAAAACUGACAGGAAGAUCACUUCAGUGACUCAACCGACUCAGGUGACGAACCCCUCCUAGGGACGGCAUGGAAGAGCACUAGUAAGCCAGUGACUCAGCCCCCGUAAUAGGGUCCGAGGCAGAGAAUCCCAGUGGAGAGAGGGGAGCCGGCCAGGCAGAGACAGCAAGGGCAGUUCUUACCUCCAGUGCCUUGCCGUUCACCUUCGCACCCCAGGGCCAGACUACACUCAAUCAUAGGACCUACUGAAGAGAUGAGUCGUCAGUAAAGACUUAAAGGUCGAGACCGAGUCUGCGUCUCUCACAUGGAUAGGCAGACCAUUCCAUAAAAAUUGAGCUCUAUAGGAGAAAGACCUGCUGUUUGCUUAGAAAUUCUAGGGACAAUAAGGAGGCCUGCGUCUUGUGACUGUAGGUAUGUACGGCAGGACCAAAUCAGAGAGAUAGGUAGGGGCAAGCCCAUGUAAUGCUUUGAAGGUUAGCAGUAAAACCUUGAAAUCAGCCAUAGCCUUAACAGGCUAGCACUGGAGUAAUAUGAUCACAUUUUUGGGUUCUAGUCAAGAUUCUAGCAGCCGUGUUUAGCACUAACUGAAGUUUAUUUAGUGCUUUAUCCGGGUAGCCGGAGAGUAGAGCAUUGCAGUUGUCUAAUCUAGAAUUGACAAAAGCAUGGAUUAGCUUUUCUGCAUAAUUUCUGGACAAAAAGUUUCAGAUUUUUGUGAUGUUACGAAGAUGGAAGAAAGCUGUCAAAAGAGAGAUCAGGGUCCAGAGUAACGCCGAUGUCCUUCAGUUUUAUUUGAGACGACUGUACAACCAUCAAGAUGAAUUGUCAGAUCCAACAGCAGAUCUCUUUGUUUCUUGGUAUCUAGAACUAGCAUACAGUGGGGAGAACAAGUAUUUGAUACACUGCCGAUUUUGCAGGUUUUCCUACUUACAAAGCAUGGAAAGGUCUGUAAUUUUCAGAAUCCAGAAAAUCACAUUGUAUGAUUUUUAAGUAAUUAAUUUGCAUUUUAUUGCAUGACAUAAGUAUUUGAUCACCUAGCAACCAGUAAGAAUUCCGGCUCUCACAGACAUGUUAGUUUUUCUUUAAGAAGCCCUCCUGUUCUCCACUCAUUACCUGUAUUAACUGCACCUGUUUGAACUCGUUACCUGUAUAAAAGACACCUGUCCACACACUCAAUCAAACAGACUCCAACCUCUCCACAAUGGCCAAGACCAGAGAGCUGUGUAAGGACAUCAGGGAUAAAAUUGUAGACUUGCACAAGGCUGGGAUGAGCUACAGGACAAUAGGCAAGCAGCUUGGUGAGAAGGCAACAACUGUUGGCGCAAUUAUUAGAAAAUGGAAGAAGUUCAAGAUGACGGUCAAUCACCCUCGGUCUGGGGCUCCAUGCAAGAUCUCACCUCGUGGGGCAUCAAUGAUCAUGAGGAAGGUGAGGGAUCAGCCCAGAACUACACGGCAGGACCUGGUCAAUGACCUGAAGAGAGCUGGGACCACAGUCUCAAAGAAAACCAUUAGUAACACACUACGCCGUCAUGGAUUAAAAUCCUGCUGCGCACGCAAGGUCCCCCUGCUCAAGCCAGCGCAUGUCCAGGCCCGUCUGAAGUUUGCCAAUGACCAUCUGGAUGAUCCAGAGGAGGAAUGGGAGAAGGUCAUGUGGUCUGACGAGACCAAAAUAGAGCGUUUUGGUCUAAACUCCACUCGCCGUGUUUGGAGGAAGAAGUAGGAUGAGUACAACCCCAAGAACACCAUUCCAACCGUGAAGCAUGGAGGUGGAAACAUCAUUCUUUGGGGAUGCUUUUCUGCAAAGGGGACCGGACGACUGCACCGUAUUGAGGGGAGGAUGGAUGGGGCCAUGUAUCGCGAGAUCUUGGCCAACAACCUCCUUCCCUCAGUAAGAGCAUUGAAAGAUGGGUCGUGACUGGGUCUUCCAGCAUGACAACGACCCGAAACACACAGCCAGGGCAACUAAGGAGUGGCUCGUUAAGAAGCAUCUCAAGGUCCUGGAGUGGCCUAGCCAGUCUCCAGACCUGAACCCAAUAGAACAUCUUUGGAGGGAGCUGAAAGUCCGUAUUGCCCAGCGACAGCACCGAAACCUGAAGGAUCUGGAGAAGGUCUGUAUGGAGGAGUGGGCCAAAAUCCCUGCUGCAGUGUGUGUGCAAACCUGGUCAAGACCUACAGGAAACGUAUGAUCUCUGUAAUUGCAAACAAAGGUUUCUGUACCAAAUAUUAAGUUCUGCUUUUCUGAUGUAUCAAAUACUUAUGUCAUGCAAUAAAAUGCAAAUUAAUUACUUAAAAAUCAUACAAUGUGAUUUUCUGGAUUUUUGUUUUAGAUUCCGUCUCUCACAGUUGAAGUGUACCUAUGAUAAAAAUGACAGAUCUCUACAUGCUUUGUAAGUAGGAAAACCUGCAAAAUCGGCAGUGUAUCAAAUACUUGUUCUCCCCACUGUAUCUGUUUGGUCUGAGUUUAGAAGUAAAACAUUUGCCGCCAUUCACUUCUUUAUGUCUACCAUCAAGAUUAAUUGUCAGAUCCAACAGAAGAUCUCUUUGUUUCUUGGGAGCUAGAACUAGCAUCUCUGUUUUGUCCGAGUUUAAAAGUAAAACAUUUGCCACCAUCCACUUCCUUAUGUCUGAAACACAGGCUUCCAGGGUAGGCAAUUUUGGGGCUUCACCAUGUUUCAUCGAAAUGUACAGCAGAAAUGUUGUCCGCAUAGCAGUGAAAGUUGACAUUGUGUUUCCGAAUUAUAUCACCAAGAGGUAGAAUAUAUAGUGAAAACAAUAGUGGUCCUAAAACGGAACCUUGAGGAACACCAAAACGUACAAUUUAUUUGUCAGAGGACAAACCAUCCACAGAGACGAACUGAUAUCUUUCCGACAGAUAAGAUCUAAACCAGGCAAGAACUUGUCCGUGUAGACCAGUUUGGAAUUCCAAUCUCUCCAAUUGAAUGUGGUGAUCGAUGGUGUCAAAAGCGGCACUAAGGUCUAGGAGCACAAGGACAGAUGCAGAGCCUUGGUCUGAUGCCAUUAAAAGGUAUUUUACCACCUUCACGAGUGCAGUCUCAGUGCUAUGAUGGGUUCUAAAACCAGACUGAAGCGUUUCGUAUAUAUUUUUUGUCUUCAGGAAGGCAGUGAGUUGCUGCGCAACAGCUUUUUCAAAUGUAUUUUUGAGGAAUGGGAGAUUCGAUAUCGGCCGAUUUUUUGUUUUUUACAUUUUCCUGGUCAAUGUUAGGCUUUUUCAAGAGAGGCUUUAUUACUGCCACUUUUAGUGAGUUUGGUACACAUCCGGAGGAUAGGGAGCAUUUAUUAUGUUCAACAUAGGAGGGCCAAGCACAGGAAGUAGCUCUUUCAGUAGUUUAGUUGGAAUAGGGUCCAGUAUGCAGCUUGACGGUUUAGAGGCCAUGAAUGUGUCAAGAGAGAAGAUUAAACAACUUGAGUGUCUCCAUUGAUCCUUGGUCCUGGCAGUUCUGUGCAGAUUCAAAGAGGAGUCCGUAAUUUGCUUUCUAAUGAUCAUGAUCUUUUCUUCUAAGAAGUUCAUGAAUUCAUCACUGCUGAAGUGAAAGCCAUCCUCUCUUGGGGAAUGCUGCUUUUUAGUUAGCUUUGAGACAGUAUCCGAUUUUGGGGGGGGGAUUGUUCUUAUUCUCCUCAAUUAGGUUGGAAAAAUAGGAUGAUCGAGCAGUAGUGAGGGCUCUUCGAUAUUGCACGGUACUGUCUUUCCAAGCUAGUCGGAAGACUUCCAGUUUGGUGGAGUGCCAUUUCCGUUCCAAUUUUCUGGAAGCUUCCUUCAGGGCUCGGGUAUUUUCUGUAUACCAGGGAGCUAAUUUCUUGUGACAAAUGUUUUUUUUGUUUUUAGGGGUGCGACUGCAUCUAGGGUAAUACGCAAGGUAAAAUUUAGAUACUCAGUUAGCUGGUUAACCGAUUUUUGUACUCCGACGACCUUGGAGGGAUUCAGGAAGGGCAUAUAGGAAUCUUUGGGUUGUCUGAGAAUUUAUAGCACAGCUUUCGAUGGUCCUUGGUUGGGGUCUGAGCAGAUUAUUUGUUACGAUUGCAUAGUCCAGGAUUAUGAGGAAGAUAAUUUAGAUCCACAAUAUUAAUUCCACGGGACAAAACUAGAUCCAGGGUAUGACUGUGGCAAUGAGUAGGUCCGGAAACAUGUUGAAGUCGAUGAUGCCUCCGAAAGCCUUUUGCAGUUGGCCUGUGGACUUUUCCAUGUGAACAUUGAAGUCACCAAAAUUGUUUAAUAUUAUCUGCCAUGACUACAAGGUCCAAUAGGAAUUCAGGGAACUCAGUGAGGAAUGCUGUAUACGGCCCAGGAGGACUGUAAACAGUAGCUAUAAAAAGUGAUUGAGUAGGCUGCAUAGAUUUCAUCACUAGAAGCUCAAACAACGAAAACGCAAAACAUUUUUGUUGUUGUUGUAAAUUUACAUUUGUUGUCGUAAAUGUUAGCAACACCUCCGCCUGUGCGGGAUGGUCACUAGUGUAACCAGGAGGAGAGUCCUCCAUAGGUUCCAGCCAGGGCAGCAGACCUGUAGCUAAAUCAUACUAUUCUGAUUGUUAUGGAUGUGUAGCUAAAUCAUGGUACUCUGAUUGGUUAUGGAUGUGAAGCUAAAUCAUGGUACUCUGAUUGGUUAUGGAUGUGAAGCUAAAUCAUGCUAUUCUGAUUUGUUAUGGAUGUGUAGCUAAAUCAUGGUACUCUGAUUUGUUAUGGAUGUGUAGCUAAAUCAUGGGACUCUGAUUUGUUAUGGAUGUCUAGCUAAAUCAUGCUAUUCUGAUUUGUUAUGGAUGUGUAGCUAAAUCAUGCUAUUCUUAUGGUUAUGCCUGUCUAUCUUCAGAAACUCCUGGACCGUUUUGAUUAUGAUGACGAACCAGAAGAAGUAAAGAGCGAGGAGAUGAAUCCCCUUGUUCCAGGGAACAGGUACAGCGGCCAGUUUCCUGGUCAGAUGCAGCCCAACAUGGAGCAACAGUUUCAGGGCCAUAUGAUGGGCCAGCCUGGGAGGCAGCAGACACCUGAUGGAGGAUACCAUGGUCUGAACCAGGGCUACGGCCAGAGUCAGCACACUGCCCAGCAGAACCAGGACCAGGACCAGCGAAACUCCAGAGAAAGAGAAGAUCCAUCUGGGAGGAGGGAGGGGAGGCAGCGUGGCCACGGCAGGAGGUCACGCUCCAGGUCUGGCUCUCGGUAAGAGGCUGGGCCCAUGGUUGAUAUUAGUUGGUUAUGUUUAGGAGACUUUAGUUGUUUUGUUUAGGAUGAACAGAUCCUCUAAUGGAAUCCUGUCUGUUCCCACCUUUUAGCUUUUAGUCCACCAUAUUACUGUUUCAGCUUUUAGUCCACCAUAUCACUGUUUUAGCUUGGCUUUUAGUCCACCAUAUGACUGACUGUUUUAGCUUGGCUUUUAGUCCACCAUAUGACUUUUAGCUUUUAGUCUACCAUAUGACUGUUUUAGCUUGGCUUUUAGUCCACCAUAUGACUGACUGUUUUAGCUUGGCUUUUAGUCCACCAUAUGACUGUUUUAGCUUGGCUUUUAGUCCACCAUAUGACUGACUGUUUUAGCUUGGCUUUUAGUCCACCAUAUGACUGUUUUAGCUUGGCAUUUAGUCCACCAUAUGACUGUUUUAGCUUGGCUUUUAGUCCACCAUAUGACUGUUUUAGCUUAGCUUUUAGUCCACCAUAUGACUUUUAGCUUUUAGUCUACCAUAUGACUGUUUUAGCUUGGCUUUUAGUCCACCAUAUGACUGACUGUUUUAGCUUGGCUUUUAGUCCACCAUAUGACUGUUUUAGCUUGGCAUUUAGUCCACCAUAUGACUGUUUUAGCUUGGCUUUUAGUCCACCAUAUGACUGUUUUAGCUUAGCUUUUAGUCCACCAUAUGACUUUUAGCUUUUAGUCCACCAUAUGACUGUUUUAGCUUGGCUUUUAGUCCACCAUAUGACUUUUAGCUUUUAGUCCACCAUAUGACUGUUUUAGCUUGGCUUUUAGUCUACCAUAUGACUGUUUUAGCUUGGCAUUUAGUCCACCAUAUGACAGUUUUAGCUUGGCUUUUAGUCCACCAUAUGACUGUUUUAGCUUGGCUUUUAGUCCACCAUAUGACUGACUGUUUUAGCUUGGCUUUUAGUCCACCGUAUGACUGUUUUAGCUUGGUUUUUAGUCUACCAUAUGACUGUUUUAGGUUUUAGUCUACCAUAUGACUGUUUUAGGUUUUAGUCUACCAUAUGACUGUUUUAGUCUACCAUAUGACUGUUUUAGGUUUUAGUCUACCAUAUGACUGUUUUAGCUUGGCUUUUAGUCCACCAUAUGACUGACUGUUUUAGCUUGGCUUUUAGUCCACCAUAUGACUGACUGUUUUAGCUUGGCUUUUAGUCCACCAUAUGACUGACUGUUUUAGCUUGGCUUUUAGUCCACCAUAUGACUGACUGUUUUAGCUUGGCUUUUAGUCCACCAUAUGACUGACUGUUUUAGCUUGGCUUUUAGUCCACCAUAUGACUGACUGUUUUAGCUUGGCUUUUAGUCCACCAUAUCACUGUUUUAGCUUGGCUUUUAGUCCACCAUAUGACUAUUUUAGCUUGGCUUUUAGUCCACCAUAUGACUGUUUUAGCUUGGCUUUUAGUCUACCAUAUCACUGUUUUAGCUUGGCUUUUAGUCCACCAUAUGACUGUUUUAGCUUGGUUUUUAGUCCACCAUAUCACUGUUUUAGCUUGGCUUUUAGUCCACCAUAUGACUGACUGUUUUAGCUUGGCUUUUCGUCCACCGUAUGACUGUUUUUAGCUUCGUUUUUAGUCUACCAUAUGACUGUUUUAGGUUUUAGUCUACCAUAUGACUGUUUUAGGUUUUAGUCUACCAUAUGACUGUUUUAGCUUGGCUUUUAGUCCACCAUAUGACUGUUUUAGCUUGGCUUUUAGUCCACCAUAUUACUGUUUUAGCUUGGCUUUUAGGCCAGCAUAUGAAUGUUUUAGCUUGGCUUUUAGUCCACCAUAUGACUGUUUUAGCUUGGCUUUUAGUCCACCAUAUGACUGUUUUAGCUUGGCUUUUAGUCCACCAUAUGACUGUUUUAGCUUGGUUUUUAGUCUACCAUAUGACUGUUUUAGGUUUUAGUCUACCAUAUGACUGUUUUAGGGUUUAGUCUACCAUAUGACUGACUGUUUUAGCUUGGCUUUUAGUCCACCAUAUGACUGUUUUAGCUUGGCUUUUAGUCCACCAUAUGACUUUCAGCUUUUAGUCCACCAUAUGACUGUUUUAGCUUGGCUUUUAGUCCACCAUAUGACUGUUUUAGCUUAGCUUUUAGUCCACCAUAUGACCUUUAGCUUUUAGUCCACCAUAUGACUGUUUUAGCUUAGCUUUUAGUCCACCAUAUGACCUUUAGCUUUUAGUCCACCAUAUGACUGUUUUAGCUUGGCUUUUAGUCCACCAUAUGACUUUUAGCUUUUAGUCCACCAUAUGACUGUUUUAGCUUGGCUUUUAGUCUACCAUAUGACUGUUUUAGCUUGGCAUUUAGUCCACCAUAUGACUGACUGUUUUAGCUUGGCUUUUAGUCCACCGUAUGACUGUUUUAGCUUGGUUUUUAGUCUACCAUAUGACUGUUUUAGGUUUUAGUCUACCAUAUGACUGUUUUAGGUUUUAGUCUACCAUAUGACUGUUUUAGGUUUUAGUCUACCAUAUGACUGUUUUAGCUUGGCUUUUAGUCCACCAUAUGACUGACUGUUUUAGCUUGGCUUUUAGUCCACCAUAUCACUGUUUUAGCUUGGCUUUUAGUCCACCAUAUCACUGUUUUAGCUUGGCUUUUAGUCCACCAUAUGACUAUUUUAGCUUGGCUUUUAGUCCACCAUAUGACUGUUUUAGCUUGGUUUUUAGUCCACCAUAUCACUGUUUUAGCUUGGCUUUUAGUCCACCAUAUGACUGACUGUUUUAGCUUGGCUUUUCGUCCACCGUAUGACUGUUUUUAGCUUCGUUUUUAGUCUACCAUAUGACUGUUUUAGGUUUUAGUCUACCAUAUGACUGUUUUAGGUUUUAGUCUACCAUAUGACUGUUUUAGCUUGGCUUUUAGUCCACCAUAUGACUGUUUUAGCUUGGCUUUUAGUCCACCAUAUUACUGUUUUAGCUUGGCUUUUAGUCCACCAUAUGACUGUUUUAGCUUGGCUUUUAGUCCACCAUAUGACUGUUUUAGCUUGGCUUUUAGUCCACCAUAUGACUGUUUUAGCUUGGUUUUUAGUCUACCAUAUGACUGUUUUAGGUUUUAGUCUACCAUAUGACUGUUUUAGGGUUUAGUCUACCAUAUGACUGUUUUAGCUUGGCUUUUAGUCCACCAUAUGACUGACUGUUUUAGCUUGGCUUUUAGUCCACCAUAUGACUGUUUUAGCUUGGCUUUUAGUCCACCAUAUGACUUUUAGCUUUUAGUCCACCAUAUGACUGUUUUAGCUUGGCUUUUAGUCCACCAUAUGACUGUUUUAGCUUGGUUUUAGUCUACCAUAUGACUGUUUUAGGUUUUAGUCUACCAUAUGACUGUUUUAGGGUUUAGUCUACCAUAUGACUGUUUUAGGGUUUAGUCUACCAUAUGACUGUUUUAGCUUGGCUUUUAGUCCACCAUAUGACUGACUGUUUUAGCUUGGCUUUUAGUCCACCAUAUGACUGUUUUAGCUUGGCUUUUAGUCCACCAUAUGACUGUUUUAGCUUGGCUUUUAGUCCACCAUAUGACUGUUUUAGCUUGGCUUUUAGUCCACCAUAUUACUUUUAGCUUUUAGUCCACCAUAUGACGGUUUUAGCUUGGCUUUUAGUCCACCAUAUGACUGUUUUAGCUUGGCUUUUAAUCCACCAUAUGACUGUUUUAGGUUUUAGUCUACCAUAUGACUGUUUUAGCUUGGCUUUUAGUCCACCAUAUGACUGACUGUUUUAGCUUGGCUUUUAGUCCACCAUAUUACUGUUUUAGCUUUUAGUCUACCAUAUGACUGUUUUAGCUUGGCUUUUAGUCCACCAUAUGACUGUUUUAGCUUUGUCUACCACAUGACUGUUUUAGCUUGGUUUUUAGUCCACCAUAUGACUGUUUUAGCUUGGCUUUUAGUCCACCAUAUGACUGUUUUAGCUUGGCUUUUAGUCCACCAUAUCACUGUUUUAGCUUGGCUUUUAGUCCACCAUAUUACUGUUUUAGCUUGGCUUUUAGUCCACCAUAUCUCUGUUUUAGCUUGGUUUUUAGUCCACCAUAUUACUGUUUUAGCUUGGCUUUUAGUCCACCAUAUGACUGUUUUAGCUUGACUUUUAGUCCACCAUAUCACUGUUUUAGCUUUUAGUCCACCAUAUUACUGUUUUAGCUUGACUUUUAGUCCACCAUAUCACUGUUUUAGCUUGGUUUUUAGUCUACCAUAUGACUGUUUUAGCUUGGCUUUUGGUCCACCAUAUUACAGUUUUAGCUUGGCUUUUAGUCCACCAUAUGACUGUUUUAGCUUUGGCUUUUAGUUCACCAUAUGACUGUUUUAGCUUGGCUUUUAGUCCACCAUAUCACUGUUUUAGCUUUGGCUUUUAGUUCACCAUAUCACUGUUUUAGCUUGGCUUUUAGUUCACCAUAUGACUGUUUUAGCUUGGCUUUUAGUCCACCAUAUGACUGUUUUAGCUUGACUUUUAGUCUACCAUAUUACUGUUUUAGCUUGGCUUUUAAUCCACCAUAUGACUGUUUUAGCUUUUAGUCCACCAUAUGACUGUUUUAGGUUUUAGUCUACCAUAUGACUGUUUUAGCUUGGCUUUUAGUCCACCAUAUGACUGUUUUAGCUUGGCUUUUAAUCCACCAUAUGACUGUUUUAGGUUUUAGUCUACCAUAUGACUGUUUUAGCUUGGCUUUUAGUCCACCAUAUGACUGACUGUUUUAGCUUGGCUUUUAGUCCACCAUAUGACUGUUUUAGCUUUGUCUACCACAUGACUGUUUUUGCUUGGCUUUUAGUCCACCAUAUGACUGUUUUAGCUUGGCAUUUAGUCCACCAUAUGACUGUUUUAGCUUGGCUUUUAGUCCACCAUAUGACUGUUUUAGCUUGGCUUUUAGUCCACCAUAUCACUGUUUUAGCUUUUAGUCCACCAUAUCACUGUUUUAGCUUGACUUUUAGUCCACCAUAUCACUGUUUUAGCUUGGUUUUUAGUCCACCAUAUCACUGUUUUAGCUUGGUUUUUAGUCCACCAUAUCACUGUUUUAGCUUGGCUUUUAGUCCACCAUAUUACUGUUUUAGCUUGGCUUUCAGUCCACCAUAUCACUGUUUUAGCUUGGCUUUUAGUCCACCAUAUCACUGUUUUAGCUUGGCUUUUAGUCCACCAUAUCACUGUUUUAGCUUGGCUUUUAGUCCACCAUAUCACUGUUUUAGCUUGGCUUUUAGUCCACCAUAUGACUGUUUUAGCUUGACUUUUAGUCCACCAUAUCACUGUUUUAGCUUGGCUUUUAGGCCACCAUAUGACUGUUUUAGCUUUUAGGCCACCAUAUGACUGUUUUAGCUUGGCUUUUAGUCCACCAUAUGACUGUUUUAGCUUGGCUUUUAGUCUACCAUAUUACUGUUUUAGCUUUUAAUCCACCAUAUGACUGUUUUAGGUUUUAGUCUACCAUAUGACUGUUUUAGCUUUUAAUCCACCAUAUGACUGUUUUAGGUUUUAGUCUACCAUAUGACUGUUUUAGCUUGGCUUUUAGUCCACCAUAUGACUGACUGUUUUAGCUUGGCUUUUAGUCCACCAUAUGACUUUUAGCUUUUAGUCUACCAUAUGACUGUUUUAGCUUGGCUUUUAGUCCACCAUAUGACUGUUUUAGCUUUGUCUACCACAUGACUGUUUUUGCUUGGCUUUUAGUCCACCAUAUGACUGUUUUAGCUUGGCAUUUAGUCCACCAUAUGACUGUUUUAGCUUGGCUUUUAGUCCACCAUAUGACUGUUUUAGCUUGGCUUUUAGUCCACCAUAUCACUGUUUUAGCUUGACUUUUAGUCCACCAUAUCACUGUUUUAGCUUGGUUUUUAGUCCACCAUAUCACUGUUUUAGCUUGACUUUUAGUCCACCAUAUCACUGUUUUAGCUUGGUUUUUAGUCCACCAUAUCACUGUUUUAGCUUGGCUUUUAGUCCACCAUAUCACUGUUUUAGCUUGGCUUUUAGUCCACCAUAUUACUGUUUUAGCUUGGCUUUUAGUCCACCAUAUCACUGUUUUAGCUUGGCUUUUAGUCCACCAUAUCACUGUUUUAGCUUGGCUUUUAGUCCACCAUAUCACUGUUUUAGCUUGGCUUUUAGUCCACCAUAUCACUGUUUUAGCUUGGCUUUUAGUCCACCAUAUGACUGUUUUAGCUUGACUUUUAGUCCACCAUAUCACUGUUUUAGCUUGGCUUUUAGGCCACCAUAUGACUGUUUUAGCUUUUAGGCCACCAUAUGACUGUUUUAGCUUGGCUUUUAGUCCACCAUAUGACUGUUUUAGCUUGGCUUUUAGUCUACCAUAUUACUGUUUUAGCUUUUAAUCCACCAUAUGACUGUUUUAGGUUUUAGUCUACCAUAUGACUGGUUUAGCUUGGCUUUUAGUCCACCAAUAACUGACUGUUUUAGCUUGGCUUUUAGUCCACCAUAUCACUGUUUUAGCUUGGCUUUUAGUCCACCAUAUUACUGUUUUAGCUUGGCUUUUAGUCCACCAUAUCACUGUUUUAGCUUGGCUUUUAGUCCACCAUAUCACUGUUUUAGCUUGGCUUUUAGUCCACCAUAUCACUGUUUUAGCUUGGCUUUUAGUCCACCAUAUCACUGUUUUAGCUUGGCUUUUAGUCCACCAUAUGACUGUUUUAGCUUGGCUUUUAGUCCACCAUAUGACUGUUUUAGCUUGGCUUUUAGUCCACCAUAUCACUGUUUUAGCUUGGUUUUUAGUCCACCAUAUCACUGUUUUAGCUUUGGCUUUUAGUCCACCAUAUGACUGUUUUAGCUUUUAGUCCACCAUAUCACUGUUUUAGCUUUUAGUCCACCAUAUCACUGUUUUUGCUUGGCUUUUAGUUCACCAUAUUACUAUUUUAGCUUUUAGUCCACCAUAUCACUGUUUUAGCUUGGCUUUUAGUCCACCAUAUCACUGUUUUAGCUUUGGCUUUUAGUCCACCAUAUGACUGUUUUAGCUUUUAGUCCACCAUAUCACUGUUUUAGCUUUGGCUUUUAGUCCACCAUAUGACUGUUUUAGCUUUUAGUCCACCAUAUCACUGUUUUUGCUUGGCUUUUAGUCCACCAUAUGACUGUUUUAGCUUGGCUUUUAGUCCACCAUAUCACUGUUUUAGCUUGGCUUUUAGUCCACCAUAUCACUGUUUUAGCUUUGGCUUUUAGUCCACCAUAUGACUGUUUUAGCUUUUAGUCCACCAUAUCACUGUUUUAGCUUUUAGUCCACCAUAUCACUGUUUUUGCUUGGCUUUUAGUUCACCAUAUUACUAUUUUAGCUUGGCUUUUAGUCCACCAUAUCACUGUUUUAGCUUGGCUUUUAGUCCACCAUUUCACUGUUUUAGCUUGGCUUUUAGUCCACCAUAUGACUGUUUUAGCUUGGCUUUUAGUCCACCAUAUGACUGUUUUAGCUUGGCUUUUAGUCCACCAUAUGACUGAUUGUUUUAGCUUGGCUUUUAGUCCACCAUAUAUGACUGAUUGUUUUAGCUUGGCUUUUAGUCCACCAUAUGAUUGUUUUAGCUUGGCUUUUAGUCCACCAUAUGACUGCUUUAGCUUGGCUUUUAGUCCACCAUAUGACUGUUUUAGCUUGGCUUUUAGUCCACCAUAUGACUGUUUUAGCUUGGCUUUUAGUCCACCAUAUGACUGUUUUAGCUUGGUUUUUAGUCCACCAUAUGACUGUUUUAGCUUGGCUUCUAGUCCACCAUAUGACUGUUUUAGCUUGGCUUUUAGUCCACCAUAUCACUGUUUUAGCUUUUAGUUCACCAUAUCACUGUUUUAGCUUGGCUUUUAGUCCACCAUAUGACUGUUUUAGCUUGACUUUUAGUCUACCAUAUCACUGUUUUUGCUUGGCUUCUAGUCCACCAUAUGACUGUUUUAGCUUGGCUUUUAGUCCACCAUAUCACUGUUUUAGCUUGGCUUUUAGUCCACCAUAUCACUGUUUUAGCUUUUAGUCCACCAUAUGACUGUUUUAGCUUGGCUUCUAGUCCACCAUAUGACUGUUUUAGGUUGGCUUUUAGUCCACCAUAUCACUGUUUUAGCUUGGCUUUUAGUCCACCAUAUCACUGUUUUAGCUUGGCUUUUAGUCCACUAUAUAACUGUUUUAGCUUUUAGUCCACCAUAUGAUUGUUUUACUCUUUUUAAGUGCAUUGCGAUUUUAAAUGCACUUUAAAUAAGAUUUGAUUUGAAUUCUCCAGUUCUCCCAGGAGAAAGAGGUCCAGGUCCGGUUCUCCCUCCCGGAAGCCCCGACACUCGUCACAGCGCUCUGGGUCCCGCUCCAGGGAAAGUCGCUGGAACUCCCCUCGCUCCCGCUCGCAGGAGAGGAAGGAGAGAGAGAAGGAGCGGGAGAAGGACAAAGAACGCAGACAGAAAGGUCUGCCCAGCAUCAAGAGCCAGACACUCAGUGGUACGUACUGUCAGAUACACACAAGGAGUGCGUCCCAAAUGGCACCCUAUUCUCUACUACUAUUGACCAGGGCCCAUAUUGAAAUGUUUCCCUCGUUGUGUAGUUUGCACCACCACUCUGUGGGUUGGCCAGCUCGACAAGAAGACCACUCAGCAGGACGUCAUGUCUUUACUAGAGGAGUUCGGACAGAUCGACUCCAUCAAUGUAAGUAUGAGGGCCGACACUUACAAUACUCACUGGCGCCCUAAUUCCCUUUUUAAAUAGUGCACUACUUUUCACUGGAGCCACAUAAGAAAUAGUCCAAUAGGAGAGAUCUCUAUAUAUAUAUAUAGGACAUAGGGGGGGGCGAUUGACCCUCAAAAAAUACAGUAGGCUGUGGUGAAAAGGAACAACUUAGGAGCUAAUACCAACCUCCCGCUCCCCUCCAGAUGAUCCCUCCUCGGGGCUGUGCCUACAUAAUGAUGGUCCACAGGCAGGAUGCCUACAGAGCUCUACACAAACUCAGCAGAGGAUCCUUCAAGGUCAACCAGAAGGCCAUUAA